UGCACCAUCGGGAGCAGGAAACCCUCUGGAUCGGGUACAGCCUCGACUUCCUCAACCUUUUUUAAAACCACUUUUCAAAAUGGGGAACGGACUUUCAGAACAGACUGCUAUCCUCUCGGGGAUAUCGCCGUUUCAAGCGCUGCACAUCGCGAUCUUGGGCUUGGACUGCGCCGGAAAGACCACCGUGUUAUACAGGUUGCAGUUCAACGAGUUCGUCAACACCGUCCCCACCAAAGGAUUUAAUGCAGAGAAGAUCAAAGUGUCCCUCGGCAACUCCAAAACUGUGACGUUCCACUUUUGGGAUGUAGGAGGCCAGGAGAAACUGAGGCCUCUCUGGAAGUCGUACACUAGGUGCACGGAUGGGAUUGUGUUUGUGGUGGACUCCGUUGACGCGGAGCGGAUGGAGGAGGCCAAAACGGAACUCUAUAAAAUCACUAAGAUCUCGGAGAACCAAGGGGUCCCCGUCCUCAUCGUUGCCAACAAACAGGAUCUCCGGAACUCUUUAUCCCUCUCGGAGAUCGAGAAGCUGCUGGCGUUAAACGAACUCAGCUCCUCCACGCCGUGGCACCUUCAGCCCACGUGCGCCAUCAUUGGCGACGGACUGCGGGAAGGGAUAGACAAGCUAUACGAAAUGAUCGUCAAGCGGAAGAAAAUGCUCAGGCAGCAGAAGAAGAAAAGAUGAACCUUUUUAGGUCUUUGCCGAAUGACAAAUGCAUAGGCCAAGCCCGUCAAAAAACAAA